AUGAACUCCCACAAACAAACCCUUUUCAGUUAUGACCCUCAAACAUGGAAUAUCAUAGGUGCAUCGUCAUCAUCUUCAAAUAACUCUUCAUCUUUGGCUAACUUCCAUGGCAGCAGAAACUGCAACAAUCUGCUUGAAGAUGACGAUCUAGUCUCUACUGUAGUACCUGCUGUUACGGUUGUGUUGGAAGGCCGUUCGAUCUGUCAACGCAUCAGUCUCCAUAACCACGAUAGCUACCAGAGUCUCGCUGUGGCCCUACGUCAGAUGUUUGUCGAUUGCACUGACGAUGACGGCGAAGGUGAUCGUCAUCUUGAUCUGUCUAAUGCCAUUCCUGGUCACGUUAUUGCAUAUGAAGAUAUGGAAAAUGAUCUUCUUCUGGCUGGUGAUCUUAACUGGAAAGAUUUUGUACGUGUGGCAAAGAGAAUUCGGGUACUUCCAGCAAAGGGGAACUCAAGGAAGAGAAGCAUAAGCUAG